UGCUCUUCCCUUGUGUGACUCGUGUGUGAGCAGAUGUGCCUGUACUUUGGAGGAAUAUUGGCAUCUGCAGAAUAUCGGCUGCUCUCGAAGCUGACCGGCUUGUUUUUACCAAAGCGCUUAAAUAGUCGCUAACUGCUGCAGCAAUGUACAGGAUGGUGAAGGUCUCUCUGGCGGUGCUCGUAUGCGUGUUAGUUGGUACGACAUUGUCAGCUUUCGUACAGCAAUUCGGUUCUGUGGACCUUCCUCUAUGGAUGCUUCAAGCGCAGUCGACCGCUCUGCUCCUCGCCCUCGCCUUCAUUGCCUUCUCCAGCGCCUGCUCCUUGGCGUUGGAUCUGUCUAAGACCGACUCGUCUGCCUACAAAACGCAGAGUGACGUCACCAUGGUUGACCUGCUGAAUAAUAAGCUGGCGGUGAGCUUUAUCUACUCCGCUUGCUGGAUCCCCAUCCUGCUCUUUCUUGCAAGCAUCCAGGUCAACGGAAUGCUGGAAGAUUAUGACACACUGCCUUCUGCAGCUGAAAUCAUCAUCAGAUAUCACUGCGGAUUCUUGAGGCACAUCCCAGACACCGUUGUCCAGACUCUCGCCCUGUCUGCACUCGUUUCGCCCAGAUGUCAAGUUGGAUCCACAAGCUCUGCGAUCCCUGUGGUUGACAGCUGCCGGAGAGUGAUGAUGAAGAUGGCCCUCUUACUGCCUAUUGCAUCUCGCCUAAUUUUACAUAUCUUUGCUUUGCCCGAGACCACUAGGUUUCGACAUAUUUACGUUAGACAAACGCUGCCAAUUUGCACGUCCUUGUUGUUCUGUGAUGUGGAGAUCGAUUCAGAGUAUCUAGAAGUGGCACGCUAUGAGAUGUUCGUCACCAUGCUGCUCUGCCUGAUCUACUCGGCUCUCCACUUGCCUCAGUACCUUGAGCGGGUUUUGCCUCACCUCACUCAGCAGAUGCAUGAAAAUGGCAAGUCGAAGUCCGAAAAAGGGACAAGGACUGAGCAUCACAAAACAACAGACGUGGUUGGUCUUCUCGCGCUGUACUGGACAAUUGCGGCAACUCCCCUCCUUUUAAUACAUGUUCAGGCUACAGGUCACGAGGAAUGGACAUCCUGCCUUACCAUUCCAUCACACAUCCUGCUCUUGUUCGCCAUCUUCCUCCUCCUCAAUGGUGAUGACCCGAUUUACGCUGAGGUCAUGAAGGUCAGAGGUCGCGAAGAGGAAGAAGAGGACGACGCCACGCCCCUCUGGCUCCUGGACGAAAAACAAGAGGAGGAAGUGGAAAGAGAGAAAGGAGGAACGGAGAAUGACGGAGCGAACGACGUGCAUCCCCUGUGGUUUAAUAAACAGGAAAUCUAAAAAUAAAUCACUAGAUUAUAAUUAUAUAUCAUGUGUCUGGAUAUUAGAGAUGCUUAUGAUGCCGUUUGUACACACACACACACA